UUAUACCUAGCUGAUUUUCGUCACUUACGGAUUUUAAUGACUACACACACACAAACAUCCAUAAGUCACUAAACGCCACAUUCCUGUCAUUCCAGGUCUGCGCGUGCCAUCAUUUAACACAACAGCGCGAGCUGCCUGUAUUCGCCUCAGCCAGUACUAGUUGUUUUACUAUACUUGUACUGCUUUUAUUUUGGUGCUUUAAAAGAUAUUACACCAAUAUCCGACUACAUUUAGAAGAAUACGCGAGUUCUGGUUUGGUUUUCUCCCAUUCGCUUCGCGUAACGCAGUGUUUUACCUGGCUUCGGCUAGCAGGCUAACUAAUUUAGCCAUCUCGCGAGUUAAUCGAUACUCUGCUGCUUUCACUCCGCAAGGAUACUCAUGUAUCUUUUCUAAAAGAUUAUGGCAUAUAUCUACACGUGACACAGGGCUGUAAUCUCGGGUUGGACCUUGUGGAUGUUGUAAAAGGCACAGUGAAGCUGAAGACCAGAUGUUCCUCUGACACAAGCAAAAAUGAUGCCUGAGCUUCUCAAAUAUGAAUGGUGACCGUCACAAGGGGUUUGAAUCUGGAAGGACUGAGGAGCUAGAUGAUUUUAACGGUGUAUUUGAGUGAUGGGGAGCAGGCACUGACGGAGGUGCCCAUCACUCCAGAGACGACGUGUCGUGAUGUGGUGGAGUUCUGUAAGGAGCCAGGAGAAAGCGGCUGCCACCUGGCCGAGGUUUGGCGUGGAAAUGAGCGAGCCAUACCCUUUGACCACAUGAUGUAUGAGCACCUUCAGAAAUGGGGCCCCAGAAAGCUGGAGGUGAAGUUCUACCUACGCCACGAAGACUCGCCCACUGAAAGCAGCGAUCAGGGGAGCCAGCAGUCUCAGGAGCAGCCCAGCAGGAGAGGAGGAAGCAGCUCAGACAUGCAAAACGAGAACGGGGUGGGACACCCUCGUGUGGAGCUCACUCUCUCAGAGCUGCAGGAGAUGGCCACUCGUCAGCAGCAGCAAAUUGAGGCCCAGCAACAGAUGCUUGUCGCUAAGGAGCAACGAUUGCGCUAUUUGAAGCAGCAGGAGCGACGGCAGCAGCAGGCUGUGUCUGAGACCGAGAAACUACAGAGGUUAAAAGAGAGGGUGGAGAGUCAGGAAGCCAAACUCAAGAAGAUCCGUGCCAUGAGGGGCCAAGUGGACUACAGUAAAGUCAUCAAUGGCAACCUGUCCGCAGAGAUCGAGCACAUCAGCGGGCUGUUCCAGGAGAAGCAGGCAGAGCUGCAGUCAGCCGUCUUGAGGGUGGAUCAGCUCAGCCAGCAGCUGGAGGACCUGAGGAGAGGCAAACUAAAUGGCCUGCAGACCCUCGGGGGUCAGGUCACCGGCACUGCUGCCCUGGAGCUCCGCAAACUGUACCAAGAGCUGCAGAUACGCAAUAAGCUGAAUCAGGAGCAGAACAGUAAACUUCAGCAGCAGAAAGAGCUGUUGAAUAAGAGAAACAUGGAGGUGACACUGAUGGACAAGCGUAUCAAUGAGCUCAGAGAUCGACUAUACAAGAGAAAAGCUGAGGCACGUCAAAAAGAAAACCUUCCACUGAAUAGAGUAAACGGUCCUCCCUCUCCCCAGCCGGCUCCUGGAAACACCGGCCGUGUGGCUGCUGUGGGACCCUACAUCCAGGUCCCAGUGCCAGGCAGGCAGGAGGGUUAUGUAGUGCCCCCUGAACCUCUCAAACCUCAGUCACUGGGUGUUAACACACCAGUCAACCAUGCCCGCUCCAAAUCAGAUGGAGUGAGAAAGCCUCCCGGCCCCUGGAAGGUCUCUGAUUUAGACAUCAUAGUGGACCCGAUUGCUCCACCCCCUCCAGAGCCCCGCCCAGGCCCUGGGGCUCCACCCCCAGUCACCUGCUCUGCAGCAGGGUCGGACGGCGCUUCUCAAAAUGAUGCCGGUUGGCCCACCCUCAACAAGAGCAACACAUCAGUCAAAGCACUUGACUGGAAGGAGUCUGGAACAGACACGACCAGUAAAACAGCAUCACCUGCAGGCACUCCUGGAGAUAAGGAUUCCAGUAAAAUGGGCUCAGCUCCUCCUCUCAAUAAGCCCCAGCCUCCCCCAUAUGGAGCCCAUACCAGCAACCACCCCCUCUCGUCUGCCAACUCGGGUUCCACCAGCUCUUUGGACCGACGCAAGGAUGUUCCUCUCAGACCGGUGCCCAGCCUACCCACCAACCCGCCGCCGCAGCCGGCCUGGCCCCGUGUUCCCCCUGCACCCACCGGCUCUUCCUCUCAGCAGAUCCAGCAGCGCAUUUCUGUGCCCCCCAGUCCCACCUUCCAGCCCAGUCCACCCUUUUUCCCCCCCAGUGAGAGGCCAGACCCUCCUCUGGCUGUAGCGGUAAGGCCGUUCAUCCCAGAUAAGGGCUCCAGACCGCAGUCACCCAGAAAAGGCCCAGCCACUAUGAAUUCAAGCUCCAUCUACCAUAUGUACCUACAACAAGCAGCUCCCAAGAACUACCCUCUGAACAUCAAGCCCGCAGUCAAAGCAGUAUAUGGUAAGCCACUCCUGCCUCCCAGCUCUACGCCCCCCUCUCCCUUACUUUUUGGGGGCUCUGGGGCCUUUCCCGCACUGCAGGGUCCAGGAGGAGACAUGUUGGAUGUUGAGCUGGACCUUGAUGGUCAAAUUAUGGGUCUUCCUGAGCCACCCCCACCCAACGUGGACCACAUCCCGCGACCUCUCAGCCCCACUAAACUCACACCCAUGGUGCACUCCCCUAUGCGCUACCAGAGCGAUGCUGAGCUGGAGGCCUUGCGCAAGAAACUGGCCAAUGCUCCACGACCGCUUAAGAAGCGCAGCUCGAUUACGGAACCAGAGGGUCCCAAUGGGCCCAACAUCCAGAAACUUCUCUAUCAGCGGUUCAACACCCUGGCUGGAGGGAUGGAAGGAGGAAUAGGUGGUGUGAGUGGAGGUGGAGGAGGGACUCCAUUCUACCAGCCCUCCAUGGCUACAGGUGAAAUGCUCUUUGAUGCAGACAAUGGGAAUCCACCUUCAGAAGCACCCAUCGUGCCCUCUGAGGGCGCUGUUGCUGAGGAUGUUGUCCCACAAGGUGAUGCCAAUGAUAAUGAGCCCCCAGAGCAAGUGGCUGAGACGUUGACACCACCAGAACCAGAACUGUCAGAAGACAGUAACAAUAAUCCUGCAGAAACAUUAGUGAUUUUGCCGAGUCCUGUAGCUGAGGCCAGCACACCUGAAGAAGCAGACACUUGUCCCUCAUCCCAGCCCACGGGCAAACGCACGAACCUAAAGAAACCCGACUCGGAGCGGACGGGUCACGGCCUUAGAGUGAAGUUCAACCCACUUGCUCUGCUACUGGAUUCCUCACUGGAGGGCGAGUUUGACCUUGUACAAAGGAUAAUCUAUGAGGUUGACAAUCCCAGCACCCCUAAUGAUGAGGGGAUCACACCCCUCCAUAACGCGGUGUGUGCCGGACACCACCACAUCGUCAAGUUCCUGCUGGACUUUGGUGUUAAUGUAAAUGCAGCUGACAGUGAUGGCUGGACUCCCUUGCAUUGUGCCGCCUCCUGUAACAGCGUGCACCUGUGUAAGAUACUGGUGGAGUCUGGUGCUGCCAUCUUUGCCACCACUAUCAGUGAUGUGGAGACGGCAGCAGACAAAUGUGAGGAGAUGGAAGAGGGUUACAUACAGUGCUCACAGUUUCUCUAUGGUGUGCAGGAGAAGUUGGGCGUGAUGAAUAAGGGAGUCGUGUACGCGCUGUGGGAUUAUGAGGCUCAGAGCGCAGAUGAGCUUUCCUUUCAGGAGGGUGACGCCAUUACUGUCCUACGCAAGAAGGACGAUACCGAGACAGAGUGGUGGUGGAGUAAACUCAAUGACAAAGAGGGCUAUGUGCCACGGAACCUAUUAGGGCUUUACCCCAGAAUAAAACCACGUCAGAGGUCUCUGGCGUAACUCUCUCGUGGGUGACCGACCGGACUGAUGUCUCGAGGUGUUGAACCUCCGUCUUUCACCUCUAUGUGCCACUUGGACCACCGAAGGGGUGAAGCUGCUAAACCCUGAACCUGGAGGCACUAUUAACCGCACUACUCAAACACACUCUCCAGCGAAUACCAGGCCAAACAAGCAGCCUCAGGUUUCUCGGUCUGCCCCCAUCAGCUCAGCCACCAGGCCUCCUUAUCUCCCACUCCACUCCUCACACGCUCUCUUGUAUCCAUGUAAAAUGUAUUAUAGCUGUACAUCACACCUUGGGGAUCAAGCACUAAUCACUUUGACAAGAGCUUUUCUUUAUUUGUAGUUGCUUACCCAUGAUGCUUUGCUGAGAAGACCAGGGCAGACAGUGCUCUUUGUCAGAGAGAGAUUCUGUAUACUUGGAAUUGAACUGGAUGAAUGAGAGCUGAGCUUAUGUAAGCUUAAAACAAAAGACUUGUGUGUGUGAAUUUUAUAGCUCAUCUACAAAAACGAGUGUAUAAACUGGAAGUAUAUGAGAGCAGAGAACAAAUAUACAUAGUUCGCGAUUAUUCUGAUCUAUGACUGAGGAAUCCCAUAUAAUGAUGGGCUUGUGUAGGAUUCAUAAAGGUGCAUAUAAGUGAGAGUGUAUGGUUGUGUUAUGAGUGUGAAUAUUUUUUUUUUCACUGCAGUGAGCAUUAUACAGAAGUGUGAAGUGCUGAGAAGAGUUUUUCACUGCAUAAGAGUGCUUUGAAGAGUGUGUGUGAAGUGUUAGGAAGAUUGAGAUGAACCAUCAUUAUAAAAUCAGUAAGUAUUUAGCUUACAGUGACUGACACUAUACAUUUUUGUCAGUUUGUUGGCUGCAGAGGGUUUGGCUAGAGUGCCACAGCUUCGAUGAAUUGAGCUGAAAAUUUUUCUGCUUUUUUUUUUUUUUAAAUGUUUCUUUAUAUUAUACCAGCCCAUUCCACUCCACUCCAGUUUUUAGUCAUGUGAAAUGAUUUUUAUAUUCUGCCGUUAAGGCAGUGAAGAGCUUUAUUGUGGAGUUUAACCUUGUAAAUACUGUGAUGAGGACAGGAGAGGAGACAUGCUUGACUCGAUGCUGUUAGACUAAACUGCCCGUGUGGGCUUCUGUGAAAUACAGUGACUCGCACCUUGUGUUCUAUACAUGCACAAUAAAAAGAAAUGAGUCGUAGCAAG